AUGAGUGGUAUUCAAAUUAAACGAACCGGAAAAGCUGCUAGAGAGAGCCUCUCGUCAACCAAUAGGGGCUCCACAGACUUUACCACAGAUGAAUAUUUUAACAACAAUCAUUAUUUCAGUUUCAUUACGAUACUACCAACAAUCAUGUACCGUUUUAUGGCACCUGAUAUAACUAUCUAUGUAAUGUCUUCAAAUAACAGAUUUCGUGCCUUUAUAUCUCAUCGAGAACUUCUUGCACAGUACAGUGGUUAUUUUAAAUCAUUACAAAAUUGUGAAACAAAUAAAGUAUUUUUUCCUAACAUUAAUGAUGAUACUUUUUCAAUUAUAUUGUCAUACAUAUAUACAGGAGUGCUUAAAAUAAACAAUGAAAAUAUACAUUCAGUUCUUUUAGCUACACAUACUCUUCACAUGCCACAAGCAUCAGAUAUGUGUCGACAAUUUUUAGUAACUCAAGAUCAAAAUAUAAUAAAACCAAUCGCAAAACUACCAUCAUUUGUAGAUGCAUCAGUAAUACAGCAGCCAAAUGAAAAUAGAACACUAAAAAUAUCAGAAGAAUCAAAUUUCAAGCCACCAAUUCGCAAAGAAAAUAUAAUUUUGGAUAUAGCAAGUUGUGAUGGACCAGUUCAGUUUUAUAGAGUUCUUAAUGAAAACUAUAAAGGCGAUGAAAGGAGAUCAACACUAAAACAGUCAUAUAACUGUGAAUAUUGCAAUCAUCCAUUUAAAAGUAAGUACUGCUAUGAAAAACAUAUUAAUAGACACCUAAAUAUAAAUAUGAUUGAUAAUAAAUCGGAAAAAAAAAUUAAUUCUUCAAUUCAAUAUUACCCAUGCAGACAAUGUGGAUCAAAAUUUCCAAGUUAUUAUUUUGUUCACAAACAUAAAAAAUAUUGUAAAAUAAAUAUGUCAUAA